UACCAUAUGAGUUGAACCCCCAUGCCAUGGUGUCACCGUUUCUACUUCCUCUUUGGGCGUGUUUGGAACGUUGGCGUCUGUUCUUUGUGUAUCGAACUAGGGCGUGAUCUAGGCGUUUGCGUUUUUCGGCUUCGGCUUUCCACGCCAGCACGUAGGCGUUUACAAAUUUGUGCGUUGAAUUCGGUUCGUGUUUUGAAUUUAUUUAAGGAUAUUUUCUCGGCAAUGCUUCGGAAUUUAACUCAUCGAUGUGAGUGAGCUGACAAGUGUAAUAGUACGUGUUUUGAUGUGAGAAACACGAUGGUGAAAACCAUUUUCCGGUAUGUGGUAUAUUUACACUAAAAUUUACAAAAUCAUUGAAUAAAACGGUGAGCGCGUCGCGAGUAUGAAUUCACCACGACAGUGUCGUGGAAGUGAAAGGACAUCGGUACUGCAAAACUUGACGUACUGUUUCUGGCUUAUGUAGGGAGGUUUACACGAACAUCCGAAGAUGAAUGAAAUGUACUGGUAAUUAGUAGUAAAUAGUUGAACGAAAAAUUGAUAAUAAUAUUCGAUUCGAAUGGCCAUAGACGGAUGCGUGUUUAGGUUGCGUUAGCACCUUGUGUGAUUGGCACUGGGCUAUCAGAACCAUAUAGCUCGGUAAUAUAAAAUGUAUACGAAGGAUUGCAACAUCGCAGAAUUAUAUUUGACGAGUAAACAAUCAUGUACCCGUAUUAAUGGAUAUCGGAAACGUAAACUCGGAAACGAACUCUUGCGAUUCAGCGGCCACUUCGUCGUCGUCGAACGAAGACAUUAAACCAGAUAUCACACAGAGCGAUUCGCUUAACUAUAACAAUAACGUUAACAAAGAUAAUAUUUCGUCGUCGCCGUUGGCCUUACUGGCAGCUACUUGCACAAAAAUUGGAGGCUCAACGGGUCAGCAAGAACGCGGAGGCAGUCCUUCGGGUAACGGACAGAAUACACAGACCAAAGUGGUCAGCGCACAAGUACCCGGAGCCGGACAUGUGGUUGAGCUGAACCUUCCGGCCGCGUUACUUCAGCAACUGCAAGCACAACAACAGCUGGCUAAUGUCACUUGUAGCCGAGCUGAUUCGAAUGUUACCUCGCAGGUGGCCGGACAACAGCAGGUGAUAACGUUCGCCAAUUUACCCAAUCUGAUACCCAUACAGGCAGCAACGAAUACUCAGAACGUUCAAAAUGACGUUAAACCUGAUCAAACGGUGUUUUCGCUGCAAGGAUUACCUGGUCAGUAUAUCCAGCAGGGUAAUCAGUUCGUUCCUGUAUCGGUGGCCAGCAGUAACAACGUUAGCUAUAACGUCCUACCCGUACAAACGAUUCAAGUUGAAAACAACGAACAAGUAUCAAUUCCCACCCUGAACACCAGUAACUCGCAGGCGUCUACUAUUCAAAUUUCGAGCGGGCCUACGACACUGAUAACGCCAUCCGGUCAAAUAAUCAGAACGCCUACCAACGUUCUACCCACCAAUAUCCUACAAAAUGUUACGGCGGCCGGGCAAACGUUACAAUUUCCCACAACUCAUGCUAACGUAUCGGUACGACCUGCAGCUUCGACACCGCAGGUUAUUCAGUUCCCGCUGCAGCAAACGAUCCCCGUACAAAUACCAAUUUCAACAUCUACCGGACAGACCAUCUAUCAAACGGUGCAUUUUCCAUUUCAAGCGAUCACUACGUCGUUGCCUAACGUUAUGCAAACUUCUUUGUUAGGCCAAGUGCAAAUGUUACCGCAAAUACCUCAGAUCGCUACUACAGCUACUCCUCAAGUCGCUCAGAUACUCACGCCUUCCGGGCAAAUACAAACCGUACAGCUGGCUCACUUUAAUCCGAAUACUUCGGCUGGUAAUCAAGUACAAUUGAUUCAAACCUCGCAACCAGCUACCUCGGUUACGGUGAGCGGUUCGUCCAACGUUUGGACGACUACGGCGAACAGUACGAGUGCCACUAGCACAACGUCGGCUACCAAUACGUCCUUCCAAACUGUCCAGAUACCGAAUAGCGUCAACGUGAACGGUAACGCCACCAUAACCAAUACUCAGUCUUCCAACAUGCAACCUGUGCAAAUCAUAACUCAGCCUCAACUACCGCAGCAGAUCACUUUGACAACUGGUAACCAACCGCAACAAGUUACGAUUAUUCCGGCCUCCAGUUUAUCGAAUAUUCUACAAAAUAAUGCCAAUUCUACCAAUACGACGAAUAAUAAUAACAAUCUAGUCCAAGUACCCAACAUACAGACAAUAAAUAUACCAGGAAUAGGACCAGUUCAGGUGAUCCCCGCGCCUCAGCUAUCUAAUCCGACCAAUAUAACGACCUCGACUCAACCAACGUUUUUACAAAACAUACCUCAAAAUCUACAAGUGAUCGCGCCAACGAUACAGCAAGUUCAGCCGGACAUCGAACGUAAUUCUAAAAUACGUAUAAUCAAAUUCGAAACAUUCAACCAAUCUCCGUCACCGGCCACACCAUCGUCUCCGGCCAUCGAAGAAGACUCCGGUGACGAAAAAAGACGCGUCAAACGAGUCGCCUGUACGUGUCCAAAUUGCCGCGAGGGAGGCGAAAGAUUGAGCGGUAAAAAAGUUCACGUCUGCCAUAUACCCGGUUGUAAUAAAGUAUACGGUAAAACUUCUCAUCUACGUGCUCAUUUACGAUGGCAUACCGGAGAACGUCCUUUCGUCUGUAACUGGCCUUACUGCGGUAAACGUUUCACCAGGUCUGACGAGCUCCAAAGGCACAAUCGAACUCAUACCGGAGAAAAACGCUUCGAGUGUCCUGAGUGUACCAAGAAAUUCAUGCGCAGCGAUCACUUACAGAAACAUAUACGAACUCAUCAAAAACGUAUCGACUCUUCGGUCAAGCACUUCGACAACAACAUACAACAUUCGUCCGGCGAUGAUUUAAAUCUUGUUGUGAAAACCGUAGGUGCGUUUAUGCAACAACAAGAAGUAGCCACAUCCACUCAAUCUAUUUUACCCGACGAUGGAACUUCGUCAGGUGAAGAGAACUUCAUCACGAUUCAAACCGAAUCCGUCGAAUCGUCUUCGUUGAUCGUUGACGCGAAUAUGGAAUCGUCGUCGCCCGGUUGAACUUGCCCAGUAUUUGUUAUACUAGUCAGCUUGGUAUUCUUGUUUUUCAAAUUCAAAUUUUUCUUUUCUAAAGGGUGUUUCAUUAUGACUUUGUAAUUAAUCGCGUGUAUUUUUAGUUCUCACGUAAUUGUACGUCAGUUUUUAUUUUGGUAUUUUUUUAUUUACGUAUGUGUUGUUUUUUUUUCUAAUGUUGUAUAAUGAAUGUAUUGUAAUUUUUGUACAUUAUUGAUUAUGUUAGUUGUCCAGGGGCUGAGAUUGAUUGCAUCGAGUGACGAAUCCGUUGUACUAGAGAAUAAUUUCAUUCCAGAAUGUUGAGGUCAUCUCAAAAAGUACAUUCAUUCGAAGCUCACGCACAAAUAUUAUUACCUAUGGGAAAAAUAAAGAAUUUCAUUUCAAAUACUCUUAUCUAAAUUGUUCCUUCUAUCAAAAUAUUUCACCGUGAAUUAUCUACUAGUUCAAUGUGUUCAAAAAUUGAUCACUAAAACGAAUUAUUGAAUUAUCCUGUAAAAACUUCCAAUUCCUGAAAAUUUACAUUUUAAAACUAAGGAAGAAGUAAUUUUAUUCAAAUAAAUGAAGAAAUUAGUAGAAUAAUUUUUUUUAGAGAAUAAUACUUUAAGUUACCUAUACUCGUGAUUUCAUUUAUAUUUUAAUUGAAUAAUUAUUGUUACGUUUCUGUUUUCCUUUACAAUUUUUUUCUUUUUUGAUAAGUAAUUUCUUCUUUUUUUUUUUUUUUUUGAAAUUUAUGUUUUGAAUCAACAGCAUAAUCAAGUUUUAUGGUUGGUUUGAGUACCUAAUAUUGUUUUUCAGGGGUUUCAUUAUUAUAUGUUGUACGUUGUUGAUGGAAAUCAACUUUUUAAAACUUUUGUAUUCGUUGAAGUAUUAUUCACUUUUUUUUAAAAACUUUUGAUAAAUUUGAUUUUUAACGUGUCGACAUUCUGUUGUGCUGGGCAUAUAGAUUUUUUCCCCCCGUUUUAAUCAUCGAAUUAUAAAAUGAUCAAGUAUUAUUUUCGAAUUUUAUUCAUUUACUGUAGUAAUUUUUUUCGUUUACCAGUAUCCCUACUAGUCUUAUGUGGUCAUACUGUGUUAAUCUAGGACAUGCCAUUGCCAUUGCAUAAUAUUAAAUCAACUUAUAUCAAAGAAAAGUUUGUUGUGAUUUUUCUGUGUAAAAUAGGAGGAGAUUUAUAAUUUUUUCAACUUCCAAUUAUUAAUGUUUUAUUUUAUUAUUUUUCAAUUCAAAUGUGUCUUUUCUCUAUCUUUUUUUAAAGUAAUUUUUUUUUUUUGAUCGAUGGUUUUCCCUUUUUUUUGUGCAAAUAUGGAACAUUGUGUAUUUAAUGUGAAUUUUAAUUAUGUUUCAAGUUUAGAAGUUUUAGAUAAAUAAAUGUUGUUCGCUA